AGGCACAGGAGCGUCUAACGGGGAUGUGCAAGCAGCGUGCUGCCCAAUGUGAAGCAAGCAAGAAGGGGGGGGGGGGGGGGAGAAGGACAUCAUUUUUCUCCUCUGUGUUCUUUGAAAACCAAGGCAACAGCACCUUUAGACAAGAUGCGGCCCUGCCUGAAUUUAAGUAGAAGAGACAAAGAAACCACGCACCAGCAGCGCCGUGGGGAAAAAGACAGGAGCGAGCAGUGAGAACUCAGUCCCGGGAAUGCGAAGGGAAGAGAGAGCCAACUGGCAACAGAGAGCAUGAAGCAGUAACUCCCGAGGAAGGCGAUGCAGAACGUUCAGCACCUGUUCGUUCAUUUCCUCGGCAUCACCGCCCGACAGUCCUGCUCUGACAUCUCUGCCAGGAGGCGACGAGUGCUAUGAUCCACACAGCAUCCCCUGUGCUGCAGCGUCUCAGCUGCCCUCUUGGGAAGCAAUAAUUCCUUUGGGAAGGGGGAUCACUGCUGGGAAAGCCCAUACACCACAGCAGCACCGCAAUGGGAAUAACCGUUCAGAACAUCACAGGAAACACAGCGAUGGUGAUUUGGCCCAGAAUGGCCAGCUGUGCCGACAGCUUUUACAGUAUCAUGUACCACCCCAACUGGAACAGCGUGCUGUCCAGCUACACCAGGAAGAGUUUCCAAAAGGAGGAGAGGGUGCCUGCCAGCCGCUCCUCAUUCGUGGUGGAAAACCUCACCCCGCUGACCACGUAUCUCCUGUGUGUCACCUGCCAGUCCGCCAGCCCUUCCAGUGACCAGUGCCAGGUGUUCAACACGCUGGAACAAGACCCCGCAUCUGCUAGCACCACCAAGAAGGAGCUGGCGUUGGGCAUCUGGUUGGCCAGCAGCCUCCUGCUGCUCAUCAUUGCCGCAAUCCUCCUCUACGGCUGCCUGCACCUGCUGUGCCGCGUGAGGCGUGAGCAGUCACAGGGGCAAGCCAGAGCCUCCCAGAGGGAGGCACAUGACUUGGAGGAGCCCAGCAGGCAGAGCCGAGUGCUGCAGAACAGCAAGGAGAAGCAGCCAGAUGGCAUCCAGCUGGCCACCAUCAUUGAGAAUCCUGCAGUCUGCAAGGAGCCUGGCCAGCUGGCCUCCAGCAGCCGGGAACGAGCCCCAGCAGGAGGACAGUGCCCCGCUGUCAGUUGGGAAUCUUAGGUCACGGCAGAGCCGUACUCCCAUCUGUGCCUACUGCCUUCGUGGCCCUUUCCACUGCCCUUACGUAAUGCCCUGGGCGAAGGCUGAGGUUCCCCAAAAGUUUGCUAGUUAAAAAAGGAAGCAUGAAACAAGCCACGGGCUUGCAUUCUGGGGGCGGAUUUGGUUGCUUUCCUUUCAUUUAAAUGAGCAAAGAGACAUAAAAACAACUAUAAAAAGUGACUGAGUUAAUUUUUAAUUCCUUUUUUUUCUAGCAAAUACAAACAAGAAGUUUCCACGUGACAGCUCAGUUUGCUAUAUUGAAGCACAUGCCCUGAGCAGGACAGCUUGCUGGUACACGUGUCACUGCCCAAUUCUGACCGCUCCUCAUUCGCUCUCAGUAGUGCUUACCCUCAGCAAUGGCUCAGUCAUAGCACAUGAGCUACACUCAUCGGGUUUUCAUGGUAUCCCUUCAUCUCUUGGAGAUCUCCACUCAGCUGAACACACACAAUACAGCACCUCUGCGAGGACAAUUCCACACAGCCUAAGAGAUGCUAACCAGGCUAACCUUACUUGGCACUCUCUGGCUCCCACCAGAGGCUCCUUUCCGCACUGCAGGCAAGUGACUUCCUGCUGAGGCAACACAGUUCGGAGAAGCAGCUCCUGGUCCUUCCUCCCUUUUUGACGACAGAACUCAUCCAGCAGCUGCCAGUUUCCAUCCAGCCACACUCUAAGUUUUGUACAGCCAAGGGGCAAGGAAGUAAAAACACGCUGAAACACAUUUCCUGUUUGUAACAACCAAAUCUGCCCCUCAUCUCACUCUGCCUUGGACUUCAUGGCAAAGUAUCAAGUGAAGUCCUCAGACAGAAACCUGUUCACCUUUGCAAAAUGGUGCAUCUUAUCUCGCUUAUGUGUAUAAGUCACCCUGUUUUAAAUCUCUUUACAUUCCCUAAAAACAUAGUAAAUCUUUGCAUUGCUGUGUAACAUGGGGUUUCUAAAACAAGGACUCACUCACUGUGCCUGCAGGGAUUUUAAGCUGCCACUGGCACAGACACCCAUGUUCAGCCUGCCCCACUGGCACAGCUUGGUGGUGCCAGCAAAGGUACAGGGUGGGCAGCCACUGGGCCAACACGCAUCCCAGCAGGCAGGGGGGCUCUGCAGCUGCUCUGUUUUGGCCGCAUCUCCCACGGCUGGUGAAAGACCUCAACCCUCAUCUCGCUGGAAAAUAGAUGAGCACACCUAAGUGUGAGGCUUCUUUACUUUUUUCUCGCAGGACAGGUAAAAUACGCAGAAAGGUGUGCCAAAUAAAGGGAGAGUAUUGCUUUUCAGAAAAAAAAAAAACACCUUGAAUGGUAUCAGUGUUGCAUUAAGUUGGCACCAUGUUCUCCAUCCCUGCACAGCACUUCCUACAGCUGACAAGCGCUUGUCUGACACCAAUCUUAAAUAAACCGUGAAGAUGACAGCACUUCUCUGUUGUUUCAAGUCACGGUGAAUCAUGAAAUGCACUGCUAAACUCUUUAGAACGUAAGGGAAACACUACAGGCUUGGUUCCAAAAAAGGGUAAGGGUAGUGGGCAAAGAUUUUAGUGAACAAUUCAGCUGUUAACAAGAUGUAACAUGGUACAAACUGGUGUCUAUUUGCACGCCAGUAUAGACAGAAACCAUUAUCUUUACACUGGGAAGCAUUUUCCAAAGGGCUGAGUUUUUUUCACUAAAUAAGUCAGCAAUACAAGAUGCAGAAGACAUACGAGCGUGAAAAAGUUCAGCAAGUGUUGUUUAAGGCAGAAAGCGCACUAUUAAAUUCUGGUCUACAGAACCGUGCACUUUAUCACCAGGUACUCUUGCCAACUAUGCCCUGGGGGUGCUGCAAGCACAGCACUGACAGCCAGGCAAGGGAAGCCACUGUCACACAGAAAGGAUAUAAAACUGUUAAAAGAGUGCCCAAAAGAGGACUACAAAGAUGGUGAAGGAUCUGUAGGGCAAGGUGUGUGAGGAGCAGCUGAGGUCCCUCGGUGUGCUCAGCGCAGAGCAGAGUUGCUGAGGGGAGGCCUCAUGGCGGCUGCAGCUCCUCACAGGGAGCGGAGGGGCAGCGCUGAGCUCUGCUCUGUGUGACAGCGACAGGGCCCGAGGGAACGGCAUGGAGCUGUCAGGGGAGGGGCAGCUGGGGGUGAGGGAAAGGGGCU